AGAGGAGAAUGUGGUCGCAGGUGGCCCAGGAGGACCUGAAGGGUCGCCAAGACUCGCUCUCGCGGUGGCGGAGCAAGACAAAGAUCAGGCUACAGCGAACAGACUGGCGAAGUACAUUGCUCAUAGAGAUCGCUUGCAGCGUAGUGACAGUGCGUCUUUUUUGAAUCAGAUAGACGAAGGCACGAGCAAGAAAGUCGCUGACGGAGAUGCCAAGAGCAACAAGAAAGUCGCUGACGGAGAGCAAGUCGCGGAAGGAGAUGCCAGCAUCAAGGUAUCAGAUCGGCAAGCAAGACGUUGGUCUGAGGAGCCGGGUCAUUCAGAAACACUUUUGCGGAGGCUCAUGAAAAAGCUUGGUGCACCAUCUACAGCAGAAAAAAGGUGGGACUGGGAAGGAGAACACCUUCUAGAUGAUGCUAUACCGAUGUUGGAGCACGAACAAACGGCGGAAGAUAAAGUCACAUCGGUUCACAGAGAUAGCGUAGUUCAAGAACAACAUCUUCCUGCACAACGGGCUCUCUCUUCAUUGGGUCCUGUGCCACGUCCUCCAGUCGAGGACUGUGUUUCUGCUGUCCGUACUGCAGUCUUGCCCGUUUACUCGCAGCUCAUCGAGGCAUUGACAGACCGUUUCAUCUCGACGAAUGAGGGAGCCACAGCUUUGGUAUCAUGGAUGUUGUCGGGACAGAGUCAUGCUGGAGGGAAUACACUGGACGCCAUGAAGCUCUUCAAAGUGCAUCUACAACCAGUCGUGCCUACCGGGAUUUACACUCUUGACUUAAAAGGCCAUGGAAAAGGACAUGAUCGAGAUGAUCAACAUCGCAGAGGUGCCAAUGAGCAGUAUAAGGUCGUAGAACAAUUUGAAUCUAGUUCUAGUUUAAAACGGAGUAAUCGUAAAGACGGAGAGGUUCUUCCUCGUCCUUCUAGUUUGCCCGAUCAUUCUCUUGAAGAUGGAGACAGAAGAGCUCUGCG